GGACCACAGGGAUACUCUGUGAAUUAAGAAAAAUGGUUUAUAAAUGACAUAUGCGAUGAUGAGAAAGACAAUUAGAUGAAAAAACAAGUAGAUAAUUAGAUAAGUGGAAUAGAACGAGAUAAGUGAAGAACUCGGAAAAACUGAAGAAUCUGUUGAUUUCCUCGUGUUUCAUAAGACUGAUACUAUGUAAUGCAACUCUGAGAGAUAUCAAAUUUCAUCUUAUCGAGUAAACAUAAACGUGAUAAGAUAUUAACGGUUGUAAUCCCUAGAAUUCAUAUAAGAUGAAAUGUAGCGACGGGAUCCAGUGACUCGCGUAAUACUACUAAUAUGAUGCCGACUCAAAGAAGAACCGAAAUAUCUCAUCUCGGCUUCAUCGAUCAAGCUUAUCGGAGAGCGGCAUGAUUCGCCGGCAAUACCGGCGUACGGGAGAGUGCUUCGAGGAAGAACAAAGAUAUCGCUACGAGCUCUAGGUAGCUCUCAAAGGUGAAGACAGACGUCGGUUGUGGAAGACGUCGGGAGAACUAAAAAUAUCAGCCGGUUCCGCGGUUGGUAGGCCGACGUGCCCCGCCACGUCGUAUUCCACGCUAAACAAUUUUACCGGCUGGAAAAGAUGAGAGUGAUAUCUCUCCGCGUGCGCGGGGUGAAAAUAGGGUUCGCCUUUAAUCUCGCGUACGACGAUUCGCAGUAAACCAUCGGGCUAUCAAGCACGAUCGUCGUUACCGCAAAGAGCUAGUUGACAGAUCGGACAUUCACGAGAGACGCGAUCGUGAUCGCGACUUCGCGCGUGAUCCACGGUGAACGAAUUUACUUAGUUGUCUUCUACUAUUCCGUCUACUAUUAUUCAUCGUCUGCUACUGUUAUAAACGCAUACCGCAUCGAAGAUUGCAAAUAUUCUUACGAUGAUUGGAAUGCCAAGGCAGAAGCUAUCAGUGUCCUCGUCGCAUCUAUUCGAGGGUCUGGGACAUCCUUGAUACAUCGACAAGCUUCUUCGCGCGCCGAAAAAUUUCGGGCUAUUUAUUGUUUCGGAUACACCGUUGAAAUACACCGGGGUUGCCUUAAAGGAGAUCUGUCUGUAUCGGAUUUCAUUACGGCAGAUCGACGCGUCCGGACUUAGGACGCAGGGUCAAGGCCGAGAGCUACCUCGCGGCGGAUUCGACGGAGGAGGCCGUUGACAGUGUUCGAAGCUCCAAAUUUCUCCCCGAGACUCUUUCAUCGACGGUAUUUUACGGCGCGGUUGUUUGAAAUUCUUCGCGCGGAGUCGUGCCCGUAUUUAUAGAUCUGCAGCGCGUAGGGCCGCGUACAUACACACGCGUUUACGCACGCAGCAGCUCCUUCGUCUCGAAGGUGGAAAAAUAAGUAAGUAGGUACGUGGAACAGCCGGCGAACCGGAGCCACGCCGUCGUCGGGCCCACGUCCGUAAAGCGCGAGCACGUCGCGAUCAUGACGCGAUGCGUCCGCGACAGGAGCACCACCGGCUUGUCUCGCCGACGAGCGCGUCCCCGUCGCCGUCGAACUGUCUGCGCUGGUCGCCCCGCUGGCUCCCAUCCGCCAAACCACUACUUCUGGACAUGAUCGCCGGCGCCGCGAUCCUCCGUAUCCUCGUCGUCCUGCUUGCUCUUGGCCACGUGGUCGCCGCCGACGGUUUGAAUGCAAAUAAGACAUUUGUCUUUGGAAUUAAGGGCGAUGUAGAUUAUCUCCAUCCGAUCAAUCAGCCAUCUGCUGUGGAAUAUUUACCAAAGAACAAAGCGACGAAGCUGUCGCAUUUCACGAAUUGGAGCGAAUGGUCGGUAUGCGAUCGGCAUUGUACACAAAAUCGCGUCAGGAGGUGCCGAACGAAAAAAGAUUGCGGAUCAACUGUACUUAGGGAAGAACGCGGUUGUCAACAUAAGAGAGAAGGUCGUCGAAGACGAUGCAAGCAACGCCAACGCCGAAGACACCGACGAAGGGAUGAAAGAUUUCACGUGGUCCAGGUACCUAAAGAAGCAGAGCCUAGGCAUGGAAAUCGAAGAGGUAAGGAUAUUAAAGAACACUCCGGAGGACAUUACGGGAAAUGGAGCAAAUGGUCGCCUUGCACGAGGCUGUGCACUACGCAACGUCAUAGAUGGUGCAGAAAACCUGGCAUCUGCGGACGCGAUGUGAUACGAGAGAGCGCCUACUGUUACGUCGAAGGUAGCUUUUGCCAAAGAUGGAUCCAUCGAAAGAUUCGUGGUAGUCACGAAGAAGAUGGCGAAAACUUGGUGUUGGAUGAGUUCGAACUCAAUCCCAACACCGUCGAUAGUUUCGCUCCGGAGAAGAAUUCAAAUACUUGGAAGUGUGGAGUGGCGAAUUCUCAUAAAAGUGCUAGAUUAUCAUACUUUAUGCGAAUUAUCGGCGGCCGUCCAACUACACCUGGAAGUUGGCCGUGGCAAGUGGCUGUGUUAAAUCGAUUUCGAGAAGCUUUCUGCGGCGGAACAUUAGUAUCCCCACAAUGGGUAUUGACGGCCGCGCAUUGCAUUAGGAAACGUCUGUACGUUCGCAUUGGAGAGCACGAUUUAACGGUGAAAGAAGGCACGGAAUUAGAGCUCAGGGUGGAUUCGGUGACCAUCCAUCCGGAAUACGACGCCGAUACUGUUGAUAACGACGUGGCUCUACUUCGUUUACCAGUUAUCUUGACCCCAUCUCCCUCGAGAGGUAUCGCAUGUUUGCCUGCGUCGAAGCAGCCUUUACCUACGAACCAGUUGUGCACUAUUAUCGGCUGGGGCAAGUCCAGCGUGACGGAUGAUUUUGGAACGGAUGUGCUGCAUGAAGUCAGAGUUCCAAUAGUGUCACCCGAAACUUGCCGAGAAGUUUACAUAGAUUAUAGAAUCACAGACAAUAUGUUCUGUGCCGGUUAUCGCCGCGGAAAAAUGGAUUCUUGUGCGGGCGACAGCGGAGGCCCUUUACUUUGCAGGGAUCCUCGAAAGCCCGAUCAUCCGUGGACAAUAUUUGGUAUUACUAGUUUCGGCGAAGGUUGCGGCAAACGCGGUAAAUUCGGUAUAUACGCGAGACUAUCUAAUUAUGUGCGUUGGAUUACAAAAGUGAUAAAACAGGCGGAUGAAUGAAUACACUUAUUGUUAAAAGAUAUGCCUAAAUUAUAAUUGUAUAAUUAGUAUUCACACGUGAACGAGGAUAAAGAUAGAAAAUAUGAUAAGGCAAUCAGAUUACAAAUUUCAAGUUAUAUCUCGAUUUAUCGAGAUGGCAAAAAGUGCAAAACUGCAUUUGAAAAG